ACAAGGGGACUAGAGCUGAUGCAUGCUGUCAAAUGCACAGCUACCGGAGGUUUUAAAAAUCCUAUUUCUUACCGCUUAUUAGCACUGGCAGCUUUAUCUGUUUAUUUGAAAGUUUGUGAGGCUUAUAACUUGACCUGAAUAUGUGCAUAUUGUUUCAUAAAGGUGGAGGAAAAAAAACAGGAACAGUUCUAUAUCAUAACAAACUGUUCCCCCAUAUCACCCGCUGAAUCUAUAAGAAUAAUAACUUGCGAGUGGUGUACAUUGGUGUGAUUUGACAGGUUAGACAAACUUUUUUAAGUUGAAUUGUUCUUUCAGUUUCCAAGGCCUGCACAGUGAAGUUUAAAAUGCUUUACUAAACGCUGGGUGUAGUUUUCGCAACAGGUGUGCAUUGUAUCAAAAUUACUCAUGAGCUGUAUAGCAAAUUAGAUGGAGGAAAAUUAUAUUUGGUUUAUAAUGUUAAUGAUUUAUUCUGCUAUGGGAACUUCACACACUGAAGCGACAGGUUGAAGAACAACCUUGAGACACAUAGAUAAGGGCACAUAAAAUAACAUGAUGGCUCAAUUUCUUCUGAGCAUAACUAACAAUGAGGUCUUUGGUAGUCUUCUGUAGCCUUGUUGUGGCAGUUUUUAACCAAAAGCUUUUUGUUGGGGACCAGGUUCUCCGCAUCACUGCAAGCAGCGAGGAGCAGAUCACACUUCUCAAGGAGCUGCAGGACCUAGAACACCUGAAGCUUGAUUUCUGGCGUGAGCCUGUGAAGACUGCUCUAGCUGUGGAUGUGCGCGUUCCUUUUGCUGGUCUUCAGGCACUUAAGGUCUUUUUGGAAUCCAAUGGCAUCCAAUACAGGGUUAUGAUUGAUGAUGUCCAGAUGCUGUUGGAUGAAGAAAAGGAAGAAAUGUUCCGUUCUCAUGACAGGGAGCGAAACACCAACAACUUUGACUAUGCUUCCUACCACACACUGGAGGAGAUUUACAGCUGGAUGGACAGUUUAGAAGCUGAGUACCCAGACCUGGUUACCAAGAUUCAGAUUGGCUCCAGUUUUGAGGGUCGUCCCAUUAAUGUGCUGAAGUUUAGCACUGGGGGCAGUAACCGUCCUGCUAUCUGGCUUGACAGUGGGAUUCAUGCACGUGAAUGGAUCACUCCAGCUACUGGGAUCUGGUCAGCAAAGAAGAUUGCUUCCGAUUAUGGCCGCGACCCUUCACUAACUGCAAUACUGAACACGAUGGACAUCUUCUUUGAGAUUGUCACCAACCCCGAUGGCUAUUAUUUCACCCACACCAGUAACCGCAUGUGGCGCAAGACUAGGUCCAUCAACCCUGGAUCAUCUUGUGUUGGAGUGGAUCCUAACAGGAACUGGGGAGCAGGAUUUGGAGGUCCUGGCACCAGCACGAAUCCCUGUUCUGAAACCUACCUUGGAUCAUUUGAACACUCUGAGUCUGAGGUGAAAUCAAUUGUAGACUUCAUCCUGGGCCACGGAAACUUUAAGGCCAUGAUUACUAUCCAUAGCUACUCCCAGAUGCUGAUGUACCCCUAUGGGUACACUUCAACAGAGACCCCGAAUCAACAGGAACUGCAUACCUUAGCAAAAAGUGCAGUGGAUGCCCUCGCUGCACUACAUGGAACCAAGUACACCUAUGGCAGCAUGAUCACCACUAUCUAUCCAGCGAGUGGUACCACAGCUGACUGGGGCUAUUUAAAUGGCAUUAAGUAUUCCUUCACGUUCGAACUACGAGACACCGGUCGCUAUGGUUUCCUGUUGCCAGCAGAGCAGAUCAUUCCAACUGCUCAGGAGACCUGGCUGGCACUCAUGAAGAUAAUGGAGCAUGCCCGAGACAAUCCAUAUUAAAUUAUGAAAUGUCUGUGGAGAUUACAGCAAACAAAUACUAUAAUUGUUUAAUCCAAUUUCAAAUCUGCUUUUCAUAAUGUAGCUGUAUUUCAGUACAUUCCUUGAAAAAUAAAUCCUUAAAGAAAACAAA